CAGCGCGCCCGAGCUCCACCUUGCAUGCCCGCCUCCUCGUCCUCGUGGCCGCAGCAGACGAACAGGAGGCCUUGCUCCUGCCUCCUUGCUCUCCUCCUCGACCCAAGGAGACGAGCUCCCCCCGAGACCAGCCACCGCAUUGCACGCCUCCCUUCGGCUGCCAACCGCGCUGUCGGCGGAGCUCGCUUGAGCAGCCAGCCCUUAGGCCAUCCUUGCUCCAUCCCGUCUCCCUGCAGCUUUCUCUCCCUUCCUUCACUCUCUCACGAUCUCUCUCUCCUGUCGUUCACAGGAAGCCCCGACCUCCCCGCGCCUGUCACGUGCGUCCGGCAGGCAGUAGCAGCAACCAGGCCACUACACCUCAUGAGCUUCGCCCGCGCUGCCGUCUUGGAUUGGAUCCUGCCCAGAGCUGCUCAUCCGCCUCACCUCCCGUCCUUGCUGCUGAUGAACGCGGUGACCGGCGCCCUCCUUCGCGCGUGGCACAGCGCCAGACGCCGCCCUCCGUUGCUGCCUUGCUGCUGUCCAUCCGUGCCGCCACGCCCCUGUUUCCUCUGCAUCGGAGACGAGCGCCCCGCCCCACGUUGACUGCCCGCUCCCCUGCGCCGUGGAUGCGUCGUCCUGCUACGUGGGCUGCCUCAUCCACAGCGCCCCUGGCCCAGCUCCAGUUUCGGCCUCAAGG